AUGUUUGUACUGCCAUCUGUUACCGAUGGAAAGUAUCUGUCGGUCAAGUUCGAGACCGAAACCAAAAUGAUGGUGGAGGUGGCCAAUGCGAUUGCUCGUACCGGAUUCACACUAAUCGGAUUGGUGAAGUUAUUGGUGCUAGCGUAUAAUCGAAACCUGCUCGCGGAUACACUACGGGAAAUGCGAAUUAGUUGGAAGAAACAUGUUCAGCCCAAUCGGACGCAUCGAGAUUUUUACGAGAAAUCUCUCGGUUCGGUUGUUAAGCUCACCACGUACGCUACCAUUAUCGAUCUUGUUAUGGUAUCGUUUUUCAAUUUCCUGCCCAUUCUGGAUAUGGCCGUUGACGCCCUACAAUCCGGUCACUGGGCACGCAAAAUGGCGUUCAAGGUGUGGUAUCCAUUUGAUCCCCUUUCGGGAUGGUGGUAUUAUUUGAUUUACACUUCGGAAGUACUUGCCGCUUUCUUUGUAGCAGUUACAAAUUCUGGAUUCAACAGCAUGUUCUGUUUUCUGGCUGUACAUCUAUCGACUCAGAUACGAGUGUUGAGCCGAUCGCUCGAAGCCAUGAUUAGAUCGGAAAAGGAUACUGUUGGAACACCCCGGCUAAUUCUGGCGGAUACCUCAUCCGGCUCUGAAGUCCUUAAAUUUUUCCUCAUUUUCGUUAGUAUUUUACUUGAAAUAUUUCUCCUAUGCUACUAUGGAGACGAAAUUAUGCAAAGUCAGAGCAGAGCCAUCGGAUUGGCCGCCUACGGGAGUCUUUGGUAUGAGGUUGCGGCAGGUGGCGAUGCAACGUUCCGCAAAAGUCUGAUUCCGAUCAUCGUGAGAUCCGAACAUCCGGUGGUUCUGAUGGCUUGGAUGUUCUGGCCAAUUACCAUAAGCACAGUCGGAAUGGUGGGGAUUAAAGAUUUUAAGAACAUCGUGGUCAUACUUUUCGCUCUACGAAAUUGA